CACAUUUCGCUUUCUGAUUUCAUCUUGACAAUGUGCUUGUUUCUUAUUUUUGCUGACUUCAUUUUGACAUCGAUGGGACUCAAUGGCGGAUAUAAAAAGUGUGCCGAUAAGAGGGACACCAAUGUCAAACCCGAAUAUAACUGAACCCACUCCCUUCUUAUUGUCAUGAGCGAAUAUCAGUCCAACGACUUUGUCACCAGAAGAAAUGAUCCUUACGCCUCAGGCGGUUAUGACGAGGACGCUCCAUAUCGUCCCGAUCCCAAUGCAGGCGGAGAAAAUCCUGGUCAUCGUUAUGACUUGAGAGAAUCCACUGAAGCAACGGAAAACAGCCACGAAUAUGAUGAGUCCAAGAUGUUUGGUGAUGCGCCUGCUUUCAGCAUGGACGAGCCUAAUGCUGAUAAGGACGUUACACGCCUAAUCCAAGGAGAGGUCGCAGCCAGCCAUCGUCAGGAUCGCUCCCCCGAACAGCGCGCCAAGAGCGCUCAAAAGGCCAGCGAUAAUUACGAACAAUUGACUGGUAGUCCUCUUGAAAUCGACAAAGAGGGACGCGUGGUUGAAGAUAAAUAAGCAUCUUCAUCCGAUAUUGUAUUUUUCUCUUCUUGUGUACAUAAUACGAU